AUGGCUAUGGCAUCACGAUGGGGCUCAGCACGCUCUGUUUUAUUGGAAUUAUGGUGGCAGCAGCAACACAAUGAGGAGUUGGCGUAUUGUACUCUAUAUCCGACAAAGAAUGACACGGAUGGCAACGCAAUGGCAUUGAGGAAGGCAUUGACUUUGAUCACGUCACAAUUGUUAUGGCUACAAUUGCGAAGAUUCAUACCUAUGGCAUCAAGAAUGGAUUAUUACAAGGGACGUUUGGACAGUGGUGGCAUUUAUCACUUGGAUCGAUUGGCAACACACAACUAUCACGAUGGUUUUAUGGCCCAUGGCAGAACGAAGGCACAAUAG